AGCAAGACAAUGAUCGGUGAUGUCCAACGGACCCACAAAUGAACGGUAAAGGGAUCGUCCUAACAGAGACCAUCCAAGAAGCGAGGUGAAAUAGAGGCCUUUGCACAUUUUGUAUGUACACACCAAUUGAUUUUUACACACUAUUUGGUGUUUCCACUCUUCUUGGUUUUUACACACCAUUUGGUUUCUACACACUAAUUGGUUUUGCACACUUACUUGUUUACACACUACUUGGUUUCUUCCUUGAGCGGAAUGGUACUGAGAAUGGCUCGUAUCUCUCAGGAAGCGUAAAUUGGGAGGUGGAGACGCCUCUGAUGCAACAACACGAGCGUAGCGGUGUUUCCAAAUGCUCCCAUACCUAGUCUCUAUACACUGUUAGCAGGGCAAAAGGCUAAACAGCUUCCGACAAAUGUUAGAGGCUCGCAAGG